GCAUCCUUCAGUAUGUCCUCCACAGCUACCAUCAGGAGGUGAAGAAAGUCAUAGAUGCGGCUCAAGGUAGCUGGGAGAGGUUCAAGGAGGGGAUGCAGAGGAAAUACCGCCUGGGAGACGGGUUGUUGACUACCGCGGACCUUGAAGCCAUGAACAAAGAGGAUUUUACGACUAUAGGGGCCUUUGUUCAAGAAUUUAAGAAAAGGGCGCGGAAGGUCCAUGGGAUUUCGGAGGAAGCACAGUGCACCAUCUUCCUUGGGCUACUCACAGCGUCGGAGGCCGUCGAGUUGACGAGACAUGGAGGAGGUAGCACUAAGCUCACCUGGACCACCAUUGACAAAGGGGUGGAAGUUGGGUGCUUGGACCAGGUGGAACAACGUCAGGUACGCCUGCAAAGGCAGAAAAGAAAGGAAAGAGAUGCGACAACUUCUGGGACCCCGGGGGUAACAAGGAUUGUUACAGACGUAUUGGCACAGCUAGGGUAUGCGACAGAGCCGGUGGUGCAAAGGAGGGUGGUGACGGCUGUCAAAGUAAAAGGAAAAGAGCCAGUGAUAGAGGAGGUUCUGGAGGAGCUCUGGGAAGAGGAAGAGGCGGUGCCGCAGCACCUGACGAAGGUCCAACGCAAAGUGCGUAAUUUGGCGCAGGGCGGACAGGGAUCAGGAAAAGCGCAGGCGCCUCAGGCCCUGGCAGCAACCCCUUUAAAUGUGGCGGCUCCAUCAUCUAGUACGGGCCCCUCGCAAGGUGGGGCGCCCUCCUACGGACAGUGGCCCUGGCCGGUGAUCAAUGCAAUUGUGCCAUGGGGAAGCCCGCCGCCAGUAGCCGGACCGCAAACGAGUAUGCCACCACCCAUCUAUCCCGCGGCCCAGGCCCAACCUGUGGCCCCGCCACUGUCACCUGAUCCCAAUUCAAAGGGCAGUGUUGUAGGAGGUGGGAACCAGGGGCAGGGCAAUCAAGGCAACGGAGGGAGGGGUGGAGGAAGGGUGCGAGGCAGGAAUGACGGCGGAAGAGGAAGGCAAUGGAAUGGCCAAGGCCAGGGGUACCAAGGCCAAGGGAGUCAAGGCCAGGGGUACCAAGGCCAAGGGAGUCAAGGCCAGGGGUACCAAGGCCAAGGGAGUCAAGGCCAGGGGUACCAAGGCCAGGGGUACCAAGGCCUGGGGUAUCAAGGCCAGGGGGAUCAGGGAAGUCAGGGGUAUGGAAGACCCUGUUUUGACUGGAGGACGACCAUCUGUCAACAUUGUGACCAGCAAGGCCACACUAUAAGGCUCUGUAAUAUAAGACGGGACGACGAGAGAAGCGGAUUGAUUUCCUCCACUAUGGAUGGGAAUAUCUACGAUCAGUUUGGGGAGGCCAUUGACCGAAGGCUUGGAGGAGUGAGGGCUGAAGCCCAACGAAGAGCGGCAGCUGGGCCGCCACCCCCUGCCAUGUUCAGGCUAUGGCAGGAAAAGGAGGAACCACCGUUUGGGGUGGAAGAAGUAGGAAGCGAUGAGGAAGUGACUCAAGGGCUACGAGGAGAAAGUGAGACGGAAGAGGCCAUAAUCGUCGAGUCAGAUGACGAGGAUGAGGAGGAAAGAACGGAGCCUCCGUCCGUCUUAUUUGAAAAGAUGGAGGACUUGCUGGAUAAGAUGGGGAGGUACCAACAGAAGUUGGUGGGCCUCUGUGAGGAAGUGAAGGGAUGGAGGUCUAACAUCCCCACAGCAGCGCGAACGAGGAAUCAAGCCAAGGCCAGUGCCAGCCAAGAACCUCCAAGGAGGGAACCCGAACCAGGGAGAAGGAAAGAGGCUGUGGAAGUAGAGGACGACGAUAAUGAAGAGGAAGAGGACAAGAGGCUGCGCAGAGAAGAGAAUCAGAGAGCGGAGCAGCGGGCAAGGAAAAAGGGAAUCAGGGGAGAGGCCGAACCGGUCAUACAUGACGGACCGCCCAAAAAGACGAAAUACGCGGUCCGGUUGGAAGAGGGAUUUGACGUAGAGAAGGUGAUCGACCGGCUGCUGGAAGGGCAUAAUGACCUCAUGACCCUGAAGGAAAUCCUAGCGUCAGCCCCGCGACUCCGUGCUGAACUGAAGGGGAGGUUAUCUCUGCGCCUGGUGCCCAAUGUCCAUCUGGGUACGAACCUGCCCAAGGAGGCAGAGUGGGCAGAGUCAGGUACGAAGAUGGACUGGAAGUGCGUAGCCUGCGGUACGGUGGAGUUGAUGGUGAAGGGUUCCAAGUGCGCAGUAAUGGUGGACACCGGGGCAGAGAUGAACAUUAUUCGGGAGGCGGACGCGACCAGAUUCGGGCUGGAUAUGGACCGUUCUGACUGCGGUAUUCUACAUGGAGCCAGCUGUAAGGCCGUGUUUUGCGGGGCAACCUCGAAUGUGCUCGUCGAGGUUGGAAAGGUGAAGGCCAGGGCAUGCUUCUUCAUAAUGCCGGACGUGGACCAUGGAAUCCUCCUGGGGAGGUCAUUCCUAAGUAGGACAGAGACCGUGAUGUUCAACAAACAUGAUGGGACGUUGAUCCUCCUCUUAUGCGAUCCUGCCUGUGGGAAUUAUGAAAUAAUUACUUGCAGGAACACCAGGCCAAGGAGUAUAAGGAACCGGCCCAAUCCAGGAUCAUUCACAAUCGAGGAGUCGGAAGGGGAGCGCAGGAGGCUCUGGGCAGAGCCCGAAGCAGGAGAGAGGGUGGAAGCAUUCUCCCUCAGCCUGUCAGAUGUUGGGAAGGCCAUGAACCUGGUGGCCGCGCAUGAGAUGGCAAAUCCGGAUGCCAUCCAGGCCUUGAGGGAGCAAGUUUUGGAAUGCCCUGAGGCAGGAAGGUUGGAAUUGGAAUAUCGGCUCCCAGGCAGCGGAGGGAACCCCGCAUCGACACAAACACAAUCCGAGCGAACGUUGAUGGUGGAAUUAAUGAAGAGGAAGCAUCGCGCCUAUGCGUUUAGUGACGAGGAGCGUGGCAGGCUGGAUGUGGAUAAGAUACCUAUGAUCCGCAUCCACACCGUGCCACACGAGCCUUGGAACAUGAGAGGGGCGCGAUAUCCCAAUCCUGACGAGAAAAGGAAGGUGGUGGAUUACCUCGACGGCAAGAUACGUACUCACGUCGCCGACUAUUCAAGUGGACCGUAUGCGUCCCCGUGGUUCUGCUUUAUUAAGCCUAACGAGACGCUGCGGUGGGUGCAGGAUUUGCAAAGACUGAAUGCAGUGACCGUGCGAGAUGCUGGAGGACUGCCGAAUGCAGACGCGCUGUCGGAAUCCUAUGCUGGAAGACCUAUAAUUUCGCUUAUAGACCUUUACUCAGGAUACGAUCAGUUCCCUGUCUACCCGCCGGAUAGGCCGGUGACGGCUAUGCACACGCCGCGAGGAUUAAUCCACAUGAACGUGGCCCCACAAGGGUGGACCAAUGCAGUAGCAAUGGUCCAACGGGCCAUGAUUCGGGCCAUGCAGUCAGUCAGCCCCCAUAUCACACAGCCAUAUAUUGACGAUUUGGCAGUGAAGGGGCCGGCGAUGAAAGAGAGCGACGAAGUCUCACCAGGGGUAAGGCGCUUCGUCUGGAAACACAUCCAGGACCUCGAAAAGGUCCUGAGCCUGCUCGAAGAGCAUAACCUCACGGCAAGCGGGGCCAAAUCCAGACACUGCAUGAGGGAAGGGACUAUCUUGGGGAUUGUCUGCAAUGAGAAGGGCGGAAGGCCGGAUGUGAAGAAGACGGACAAGAUUACUGAGAAAUGUGGCGGAGUGCCCGAGAGCCAGGACGACGAGUUCGAGGAGGGGGAGAUUAAGGAGGCUUUUCGUGCAGAGGAUUACGACGGGAUCUACCUAGAACUGGAACUUCUUCUGUCAUGUGAAAUGCGGCUAAGAGAUGCAAGCGAUAGGGCUCAGAGGAUGCUGCAGCGCUACUUAGUGCGAGACGACCACCUUUUCGUGAGAAGAGAACUGGGGAAUCCCAGGAGGGUCAUCUGCGGUAGGAAUCGUCAGAUCGACGUUGUAGCAGCACUUCACGAUGACAUUCCAGGAGGGCAUCGAGGGGUACAAGCCACGUAUGCCAAGAUAACCAUGCCAAGAGGAAGGAGGGGGACACGGCCGCCUCGGAGGCCGUUGGGAGCACCAAGAGGAUAUGAGCAACAUAGGCCUCGCCAUCGAGAGAGUACUUCGGUAUACAAUGAUGGGGACAUCGAGAUAUUCCUGGACAACUUUUGGGAUCAUGCGAGGCGUAUGGGCUGGACCGUGGCUCAGGCGAUUGAGAGAUUGAGGGGAGCAGGCAGAUUCGAGAAGCCCAUCGCGCGGAUCCAUAGAGAGGCAACGACGAGAUCAGAGGUGGAGUGGAGGAUGCAGGAGUUGCGACCCUCGCCUGUGGGGCCUGAUGGCAGGCCGAUCCGCCUGGAGAUUGGAAAUGCGUCGGACUUCAUCCCCGCGUUUGAGUGGUUCAUGCAGGGGCAGGGCAUACCGAGAGAUGACUGGAUGCAGAYGCUACCACUHUGGACCAGGAAGGCGRAAAGGCCGCUGGBUAGCCAAAUCAGAGACAUGGYCCGGGACUGGGAGAGCUGYAGGGMACAUCUAAGAGAGGCCUUUCGACGGCCAGAGCCCCCCCARCCCAGAGUCGAGAGACGUCAGAGGAGUCAGAGGUCGAGRGACCCUGAGCCCAGGGAGGUGAGACCGUCUCGGGGAGGACGGAAGGCCCUAGCCAGGAGAGAGGAGGAGCCGGAGCGGGAGCCAGAGGUUGAGGAGCGAGGGGCAUACCCCGAGUGUGGGUUGGGACCAGUGGAGUUCCAUCGUUUUACUGAGGGUGGAUUGAGGAAGUCACCAGCACACACACGGGAGGAGCCGCCAGUGUCUGAAGGGCCGUUGAGGGAGUUGGAGACGCAUCUGGAUAUUUCUCAGUGGAGAGCGUCACCUCAGGGUGAGGAGCAUGAAGAGCAAGUAGAAGGGGUGCCACGAGAGGAGGUACCACAAGAGGAGGUGCCACGAGAGGAGGUACCACAAGAGGAGGUGCCACGAGAGGAGGUGCCACGAGAGGCGGUUCCACGAGAGGAGGUGCCAUGAGAGGAGGCGCAGGGUACUCAGCGAGAGAGCAGGCUGGGCGACGGGGGGAGACGUGCAGGGAAGGAAGUGAUAGAGGUUGGAGACGACA